AUGUCUCAAAAAUCCGUGUCGAAUCCGAGCUACAGGAAUCAUUCUGUUAUACAUGAAUGCCACUGUGGUAUCGAUGCUCCGUUGAUGACGGCUUGGACCGAUUCAAACCCAGGACGACGCUUUUUCGGAUGUGGGAUGUACAAGGUUCAAGGUUUCAAGAAGUGCAGUAAUUUUGUUUGGUUGGAUGAGGAAAUGAAUCCUAGGGCAAAGGAAGUGAUUGGGAACUUACUCCACAACUUGAAUGAAGAAAAGCAGAGGGUUAAAGAGUCAAUGUUUUCCCAGUUGCGCCGCUACCACGAAGCUAUUCCUCCAUCGACAUCUGCACCUGCAACAAAACAACAACAACAACAGCAAGUUAUCACUAACUCAGAGGGAACGACUAUAAGUAGCCCAAAUGUUUCCACAGCAAUUUCUCUUCCUACCUUUAACUCUCCGUCAUCUGUUCCUUCUCAGCUUUCGAGCAUCCCAACAAUUCCUCUUGAGUGUUCAGAAAAUUCGAAGCAAGAUGAGGAGAAAUACGAUGUGAGUAGAGAGAAAGAACCUCAAGACUCUGAUCUUUCUUCAAGUGAUUUUGUGGAAGUACAAACUCUCCCUCUUUCUGUACAUCCCACUACUUUUAUGGACGCAUGUGCUCAAGACAGCAACGCGUGGACCAAGACACCACUUUCCCAAGCACACAUGCAACCGUUGGAUUUCCAACGGGAAGGUCGUUUCUUCUCUCCACGCGACAGCUGGAUCCCACCUUCUAUUGAAAUUGACAAAACUCUGCUCACACCUGCUGUUGUUCCUGACCCUUCACGUGACCAUUCAUUAUCCCCUUCUACUUCUUCUAUUCCGCAUGGGUUUCCUCUCAACGAGAACCUUGGGGCCAAGGUUCAUUUUGGGUCGAAAAGUAGUGAUGCAAGGCCCAAAUGGAAAGCCACUAAACCUUAUGGAUGA